AUGCGGAGUGACCGGGAGGAACGUACAAAGAGAGGCCGCUCCGGGCCGGCGCGCCGCGGCGCUCGCGUUCGUGCGGGGGCAAUAGCUGCCCGGCGAGCGCCUCUCGCCUCGCGCCUCUCGCCUCUCGAGUGGCGCGCGUUCCGCUGGCGCCGGCGCUGGCGCUGGCGCAGCUCGAGGGCGCCGAGUGGCCGGGCGGACGAAGGGCUUUCGCUCAACGAGGCAGAUGCAGCCCUACGCCGCUGCCCGAGCGAGUGCACGGGUGUUGUUGCUUUUGUUACAGCUGUUGCUCUUGUUGCCGCGGAAGUAGGAAGGCGAUUCACGCCAGUUUGCCCAGCUGCUGCAGCUCGGUGGCUUCCGCCCCUCGCCCGCCGCCACGGCUCGUGCCCGACGCCUAGU